AAAGGAUUGAUUUCAUGUGGCAUGAUAAUAUAUGCCUCCCAUGCCUUUGUUUUAAAAGGAAGGAGGAUUUUGUGAGGUACUUGUGUGAGUUGGGGACAAGCUUGAAGGGUAGGAGAUUCUUGAUUUUUAUUAUCUAUUCUUUGAUUAUUUAUUCCUUUAUUCAUCGCUCCACUCGCACUCCUCGCUUGGUUCAGAUUUGGUUUCUUACAUUUCAUUUCAUCCAUCUGAUCUGUAACUUCAGCUACCUCCCCCCCCCCCCCCCUGUAUCUGCACCGCGUUUGUGAAUAUAUAUAGUUAUGUAUUAUUAUAUGUAUAUAUGUGUGUGUGUAUUGCGGCAUCUAAAUUUCAUUUUCUGAUUCCGGGCGAUUUUGACUUUCAAAGAAAUUCAUGUAAAUCCCUCAUCUCUGACCCUAAAGAUCGAGUUUUUCAUCCAAAGAUCGAGCUUUACUUACACCCAUGGAUUGUAAUUUGCUCGUAGCAGUAGCUUGCUUAUAGAGACAGUUCUGGAAAUAGACGGGGAGAUGAGGUGGAAUUAUGGGUCGGCGAGGUGCAGGAGUCGCCGCCACAGCUCGGCGGUGGCGGCGGAGGAGGCGGAGGCGGAGUUGAAGAGGGGGAGCUGCUGGGCUGACUUGCCGAUUGAGCUAUUGAGGGAGGUGUUGAUGAAGGUGGAGGAGUCGGAGGAGAGGUGGCCGUCUAGGAGGAGCGUGGUGGCCUGUGCCGGAGUUUGCCGGAGCUGGAGGGAGAUCGUGAAGGAGGUGACACAUACCCCGGAAGCUUCUGGAAGAAUUACUUUCCCAAUUGCAGUCAAGCAGCCUGGCCCAAGAGACCAUCUGAUGCAAUGCUUUUUGAAGCGGUGCAGUUCUUCUCAGACGUUUCGCCUCUACCUCAACUUGACUCAAGCGUUGACUGAUGAAGGGAAGUUUCUGCUUGCUGCUCGCAAGUAUAGGCGCACAACUUGCACGGAUUAUAUUAUAUCUCUCCAUCCCAGUGAUAUGUCUAAGGCUAAUGGCAAUUAUAUUGGAAAAGUGAGGUCAAAUUUUCUGGGGAGCAAGUUUACGAUAUAUGAUGCUUCACCCCCACUUAGGGGGGAUAAAAUGGUGAAAAGUCAUCACACUUAUCCUGAAGCCUUGAAAUCGAUCAACUCAAGAUUCGCUGUAGGAAACUAUGAAGUAGCUCACAUUUCAUAUGAGCUGAAUGGGCUUGGAAACCGGGGUCCAAGGAAAAUGCAAUGUGUCAUGGACACUAUUCCGGCAUCUUCAAUAAGACCGGGAGGCAUGGCCCCCACGCAGACCCAUUUUCCGGUCGUCAGUGACGAUUCCUUUCCCACAAUACCCUUCUUCAGGUCAAAAUCCACGUCCAAAGCGUCCGAGAGUCGACCCGGCGGGUCUCUGGUCCUGAAAAACAAGGCGCCCAGAUGGCACGAGCAGCUCCAGUGCUGGUGCUUGAACUUUCACGGGCGGGUAACGGUCGCUUCGGUCAAGAACUUCCAGCUGGUGGCUUCCCCGGAGAACGGGGCGGCGGGGACCGAGUGCGAGAAGGUGGUUCUCCAGUUCGGGAAGGUCGCGAAGGACGUUUUCACCAUGGAUUUCCGGUACCCGCUGUCGCCCUUUCUCGCCUUCGCCAUCUCUCUCAGCAACUUUGACUCAAAGUUGACUUGCGACUAAGACGUGGAUUGGACGGGUGCAGGACCCCCCCCCCCCCAAGAUCGCAUUGACACGAAACGACAGUGAUUAAUAACUGAAGUGCGCCUGGGGAGAUGUUGGACAUGAGAUCAGAUGACAAAGGCUUGAGUUUGUGUGUGUGGUUUUCUCAUACUUUUACUUUGGAUUUCAGUCUUUUGAUUGUUAUUUUCCCAAUUUGUUUUGUGAGAGAAAACUCCAUUGCAAAUAGAUUAUUAAUCUUGCUGUAAAUUCUUCCCUUCAUAUCCUUCUUUUGGAUAUUCAUAAAAAUAAUGUAUUAAAAAAAAUGAAAUCUUUGAACUCUUCCAACCCAUCUUUGUCAUUUUAGGUGUUGGUCUAAUUCAUUGUAUCUUCAACAACCUUUUCUUUUUUCCUCUUAAAUUUAUUGUUUUCAUUAUUAUCUGGUGCCAAAAUAUGUCAAUUUCCCUAUCUUGGUUUGAAUGCUGUUUUUUCUUGUCUGUGGGGUGUGACAUUUGUCUCAAAAUAAAUAUGGAGUAAAUGA